UCCGGAAGGAGCGGCCAUGGCGGCGGCGCCGGCCCUGAAGCACUGGCGCACGACGCUGGAGCGGGUGGAGAAGUUCGUGUCGCCGCUCUACUUCACCGACUGCAACCUCCGCGGCAGGCUCUUCGGGGACAGCUGCCCGGUGGCCGCGCUCUCCAGCUUCCUGACGCCCGAGAGGCUCCCCUACCCGGAGGCGGUUCGGCAGCCCUUCCGCCCCGCGCAGGUCGGCGACAGCUUCGGACCCACAUGGUGGACCUGUUGGUUCCGGGUGGAACUGACCAUCCCAGAAGCCUGGGUAGGUCAGGAAGUUCACCUUCGCUGGGAAAGUGAUGGAGAAGGCCUGGUGUGGCGUGAUGGGGAACCUGUCCAGGGUUUGACCAAAGAGGGAGAGAAGACCAGCUAUGUCAUCACUGAUAGGCUGGGGGAAGAAGACCUCCGAAGCCUGACCCUGUAUGUGGAAGUAGCCUGCAAUGGGCUCCUGGGGGCCGGGAAGGGAAGCAUGAUUGCAGCCCCUGACCUCGAGAAGAUGUUCCAGGUGAGCCGGGCUGAGCUGGCCGUUUUCCACCGGGAUGUCCACAAGCUCCUGGUGGAUCUGGAGCUGCUGCUGGGCAUGGCCAAGGGCCUUGGAGAGGACAACCAGCGAAGCUUCCAGGCCUUGUACACAGCCAACCAGAUUGUGAAUGUGUGUGACCCUGCCCGGCCAGAGACCUUCCCUGUGGCCCAAGCCCUGGCAUCCAGAUUCUUUGGCCAGCAUGGAGGUGAAAGUGAACACACACUCCAUGCCAUAGGGCACUGCCACAUUGAUACAGCCUGGCUUUGGCCCUUCAAGGAGACUGUGCGGAAAUGUGCUCGGAGCUGGGUGACAGUGGUGCAGCUCAUGGAGCAGAACCCUGACUUCAUCUUUGCCUGCUCCCAGGCCCAGCAGCUCGAGUGGGUAAAGAACCACUACCCUGGCCUAUAUGCCCGCCUCCAGGAGUUUGCCGGCCGUGGGCAGUUUGUGCCUGUGGGGGGCACCUGGGUAGAGAUGGAUGGAAACCUUCCCAGUGGAGAGGCCAUGGUGAGGCAGUUCCUGCUGGGCCAGAACUUCUUUCUGCAGGAGUUUGGGAAGAUGUGCUCUGAGUUCUGGCUGCCAGACACGUUCGGCUACUCAGCGCAGCUCCCCCAAAUCAUGCGCAGCUGCGGCAUCAAGUACUUCCUGACCCAGAAACUGAGCUGGAACCUGGUGAACUCCUUCCCGCACCAUACCUUUUUCUGGGAGGGGCUGGACGGCUCCUGUGUGCUGGCCCACUUCCCGCCUGGAGACUCAUACGGGAUGCAGGGCAGUGUGGAGGAGGUGCUGAAGACUGUGACCAACAACCGGGACAAGGGGCGGACCAACCACAGCGCCUUCCUCUUCGGCUUUGGGGAUGGGGGUGGUGGCCCCACCCAGACCAUGCUGGACCGCUUGAAGCGACUGUGCAAUACGGACGGCCUGCCCAGGGUGCAGCUGUCUUCCCCAGAGCGCCUCUUCUCGGCACUGGAGAGUGACUCAGAGCGGCUGUGCACAUGGGCCGGGGAGCUCUUCCUGGAGCUGCAUAAUGGCACCUACACCACUCAUGCCCAGAUCAAGAAGGGCAACCGAGACUGUGAGCGGAUCCUGCACGAUGUGGAGUUGCUCAGCAGCCUGGCUCUGACCCGCAGUGCCCAGUUCCUGUACCCAGCAGCCCAGUUGCGGGACCUCUGGAGGCUCCUGCUCUUGAACCAGUUCCAUGAUGUGGUGACUGGAAGCUGCAUCCAGCUGGUGGCAGAGGAAGCUAUGGGCCACUAUGAAGACAUCCGUUCCCAGGGCAAUGCACUCCUCAGCACUGCAGCCGCAGCCCUGUGUGCUGGGGAGCCGGGUCCCGGAGGCCUCCUCAUCGUCAACACGCUGCCGUGGAAGCGCACCGAAGUGCUGGCCUUGCCCAAGCCAGGCGGGGCCCACAGCUUAGGUAUGAGCUGGGGACGACUGUCUCUUGUAGCAGGAGGGAGCAAGGCCACACCAGGGGUUGGGGACCUUCCCCUGGGGAUCUCUGCCUGGUGUACCCCAGGCUGUGGGGGAGGAGGAGGAGUAUCCCCCUCCCUCCCCAGGAGACUCCCAGGAGGUCAAGGAGGCUACACUGAUGCCCAGGCCUCAUCCCCAGCCCUGGUGACAGUGCCUGGCAUGGGCUACGCUCCUGCGCCCACCCCCACCUCCCUGCAGCCCCUGCUACCCCAGCAGCCCGUGUUCGUGGUACAGGAGAGUGACGGUUCUGUGACUCUGGACAAUGGCAUCAUCCGGGUGAAACUGGACCCCACUGGCCGACUGACAUCCCUGGUGCUGGUGGCUUCUGGCAGGGAGGCCAUUGCCGAGGGCGCUGUGGGGAACCAGUUUGUGCUGUUCGAUGACAUCCCCCUGUACUGGGACGCGUGGGAUGUCAUGGACUACCACCUGGAGACGCGGAAGACGGUGCUGGGCCAGGCAGGGACCCUGGCGGUGGGCACUGAGGGUGGUGUGAGGGGCAGCGCCUUGUUCCUGCUGCAGAUCAGCCCCAACAGUCGGCUCAGUCAGGAGGUGGUGCUGGAUGUUGGCUGCCCUUAUGUCCGCUUCCACACGGAGGUGCACUGGCACGAGUCCCACAAGUUCCUGAAGGUGGAGUUCCCUGCCCGCGUGCGGAGCCCCCAGGCCACCUACGAGGUCCAGUUUGGACAUCUGCAGCGACCCACCCACUACAACACCUCUUGGGACUGGGCUCGUUUUGAGGUAUGGGCCCACCGCUGGAUGGAUCUGUCAGAGCAUGGCUUUGGGCUGGCCCUGCUCAACGACUGCAAGUAUGGCUCAUCCGUGCAAGGCAACGUCCUCAGCCUCUCGCUCUUGCGGGCAUCAAAAGCCCCCGAUGCCACUGCUGACAUGGGACGCCACGAGUUCACCUACGCGCUGAUGCCACACAAGGGCUCCUUCCAAGAUGCUGGCGUUAUCCAAGCUGCCUACAGCCUCAACUUCCCCUUGUUGGCUCUGCCCGCCCCGGGCCGGGCGCCAGCCACCACCUGGAGUGCCUUCUCGGUGUCCUCACCAGCAGUCGUGCUGGAGACAGUGAAGCAGGCCGAGACCAGCCCCCAGGGCCGCACGCUGGUGCUGAGGCUCUAUGAGGCCCACGGCAGCCAUGUGGACUGCUGGCUGCACACAUCCCUGCCAGUUCAGGAGGCCUUCCUCUGCAGCCUUCUGGAGCAGCGUCUCCCUGCUGGCCACCUGCCACUGCAGGACGCCCGCCUGAAGCUCACCUUCACUCCCUUCCAAGUGCGGUCACUCAUGCUCAUUCUGCAGCCCCCACCCAACUGAGUCCCUGAGGUGGGAGUUUGUUACUGGAUUUUGUAUUUUGUUCUUCCCCUCAGGAACCAAGGCUGACUCGCCUCUUGCACAAUAAAUCCUGGCUCAGGAGCCGUACUGGUGGUCCCACUUGCUCCCCUCAGGGCCCCGUGUUGGGCUUCCAGGGAAGACUUUUCCUCCUUGAGGGCAGG